AGAACAACCAUCUCUUCUGACAAAUCUAGACUCUUUAGAAGCUGUGUGUAUGCGCUCAUCUCAUUCUUUUGUAUAAAAGACGCGACUUCGCUAAGACGAGAACCAACGUUGCAGACUUUCUUAGUAUCAUACGACGCUGACGGCGAGUACCAGCGCAAAGCGCAACCAUGAAGAUCGCGUGUCUUCAGCACGCGCCAAAGGUUGCUGAAAUUGAAGACAACAUUGACUUAAUUGAGAGAAUUCUGGACAAAAAGGAUGUCGAUACCUUGGAUCUUCUAGUCUUGCCUGAGUUGGCGCUUACAGGAUAUAAUUUUAAGUCUCGCUCCGAAAUUCUACGCUACGUAGAGCCCUCUAAUGCCAGCCUUAGUGUUGCAUGGGCGAAAAAGGCAGCUUUGAAAUACGAUUGCAUAGUCAUUGUUGGCUAUCCUGAGCAAGCUGUUUCUACAACAAAAAAGGACGGAUCUGCUGAUCUGUUCAACUCAGCAAUUAUAGUCGAUGGAGAUGGUGAAAUAGUUGGUAACUAUAGAAAAAACCACCUCUAUUAUACCGAUGAAACCUGGGCUGAAGAAGGCAAGGGAGGCUUCUAUAGUGGCCAUUUACCCGGCAUUGGACAAUCAGCACUGGGUAUAUGCAUGGACUUGAACCCUUACAAAUUUGAAGCACCAUGGACAGCAUACGAAUUUGCAAGUCAUGCUAAAGACACCGAAGCGCAAGUGGUAAUUCUGACGAUGGCGUGGAAUACAAUGGAACCCGCAGAAACCUUUUUGGAACAGCCAGAUGAACCAGACAUGGAAACCCUCUCAUAUUGGCUAUCGCGUCUACAACCUUUGCUUGGAGCGGAUGCGCGACGUGAAACCAUUGUGGUGUUUGCCAAUAGAGCCGGCAGAGAGGGGGAUGCCACAUAUGCAGGAACGAGUGCAGUCGUUGGAAUCCAAGGUAACGAUAUUCGCGUAUAUGGUAUGGUUGGCCGUGGAGAAGAACGGUUGCUUGUUGUCGAUACCGAUCUGCCUGCAUAUGCAAAGCUACGUUUCGUAGCCAAGGAGAAGGUGGAUAGCCCCGGUAGUUCUCCUGCUAAUGACGAGGAGGCUGAGGUUGGAGAGCAGGAGUCAUAAGAUUUCUUUUCAAGAAAUUCAGUGGUAUAUAAUUGGAAAAUUUUACAGUAUUAAGCAAGUAUAAUGUUUAGAUGACAUAUAGGUGUAUAGCUAGGCGAUGGUAUGGAGCCACUACUCAAGCUGAGAGGUUCAACACGUGUAUGAGGGAGCCCGUAACAUGGCUCUCUAACUUAGAUAAUCAACAGAGGCCAAGCUUGCCGUAACAGUUUCAUAAUACUAACUAAAGCCUCGUAUGGCCAGCCGUAUGCAAAGCUGGUGAGGGACUUUCUCUCUCUCCCGCGUCGAGUGCACAACGGAACAAAGCCGUCGCACCUCGACUCGC